AUGGGUGCUGGUUGCAGCAUGGGGCACAAAUCCAUUUACGAGCAGAACUUCUCCAGGUUUAUGGACAGCUUCCGCACAAAGUAUAAGGCCGAGGGCGGCCCCCUGACCAGAGAAUUAACGCGAGGGGAUGAGUUCUCCCGCCAAAACAUCUUGCUAUUCCAGCAAGCUCACAAUGAAUCCGAUCACGAGAGCUAUGGGGGCAUCCCUGGGGUUACCACUAAAGCUUCCUCUCCCAUAUUCCAGACCCCAAAGACGCAAGCAGAUUAUAGAGAAAUGAUGUCACACUAUGCCCGCCACCGGAGUAACAAAGCCCUUUUGGAUCUAAUAGUUAUCACGCCUGUUUCACAGGAGUUUCUUAUUUCCCUACUGGGUGCCCUUGAAACAACAGAUGUGGCCGUCAGUCUUAACAUUACACAGCAGAAGUUUGAUAUCAUGGUAGUGAAUGCUUUCUUGGCCAUGUUAUCAACUAAUAAGUUUCUGGAGUGUCUUACCUUGAAUAAUUGCGGACUGACUGUCUCUUCAUCUAAGGUUGUUGCGUCUGCGUUCAGGGCUAUGGCAGUCAACCGUCUAGCUGCUUUAUCUACUCGUAGCACUAAGUCUGCCCGCCGCCCUCUGGACGUCAGCCUACCCGAAAUGCCCUUGAUGACAACGUUGAUGCCCUAUACCGUCCAUCCGUCGCUGAAAUACCUUGACUUGUCAUAUAACCAGUUAAACGACGACGGAGUGAUCCUGUUCAUAGAGGCAUUGCAGCACUGUAAGGAGAUAGAGUACUUAUCCCUUGCGGCCACCGGGUGCCGAGACGGUGGGGUGACUGCACUGUGCGAGUACCUGCCCUAUUUAAAACACCUAGCAUAUAUAGACCUUUCUAAAAAUCCUGGAAUAACAUCGAGUUCUGUUAAUACGUUUGUGCACGCAUUUAAAACGAACCAAACCGUGCGACAAUUGAAUCUCCACAUGUGUAAUGUGGGAGAGAACGGCCAAUACCUAGUUAGUUAUUAUCUUAGUCGCAACCAGAUCAUGCGAGAAGCUCUUGAUGACUUGAUAGACAAUGCACUAGCCCGUAUAGACAACGUGCUGGAUGGAGACAAUACAAGAAGUAAUAUCACAAGUGCUGGGCAUCCUCCUAGCAGUUUGCCAGAUGAGCUUGUUAUAUACCAAGAAAAACCACAGAUCUUUCAGGGCGCUAACCAGAUUGCUCAGGAAAACAUCCUUAGAAGGUUGCAAAACACCAAGGCGUCUAUGCAGGAUGUAAUUCUUACAGAGAUUUGCCGUAUCCUAGCUAACCCUCCUCCAAAGACAUCUACUAGCUCACUAAAAUCAUGCAGCGAGCUUGGGCUGGGUGAUCCUGAGCGGCCUCUUGAUGCUGUGCUACACGGAUUCUCUAUUUCUCAGUCAGAGACGAUUGGAAGGCGUACCGAGAUGGAGGAUGUAACUAUGAUUAUCAAGGACUUUGCAUCGUACAGGAGGGGAAGGUCUUCAUACAGAGGUGCGAAGUGCCAUGAGUCAGGACACAAAGAAAUAUUACUGGGUAUCUUCGAUGGUCACGGAGGUACUGAGUGUUCCUCUAUGGUGGGAGACCUCUUCCCAGUGGCCUUUGCAGAUGCCCUCAAUUCCGUCCUCUAUGCUGCUCAGCUCAACCACGCCUAUGAUCUCCCAGACAGCGUCUGGGAGCCGCUCUUCGUCGGGGUCUUUCUCCGUCUAGAUGAUACUCUUCGCUUAAAGAACAUACAGUCAGGAUCAACCGCAGCUAUAUGCUUUAUCCUUGACAAUCUUGUUGUGUCAGCCAAUUGUGGGGAUUCGCGCACGGUCCUCACCCGUGACGAGGCCAUGAUUAAGUCGUUUGGUUGUGACUCUAUGCUAUAUAAAGUAGAGGGGCCAACAAGAAGCUCGCGAAUCAACGAAAUAUCCAGCGGAUCUCUUCUUCAAUUAGAGCAGUCCCAGACAGCGCAGCUUUCUGGCCAUGCUAUUAUCAACUCUGCUCGGUACUUUAUGAAUCCCGAAGAGACAAGUGAGGAAGCUCUUGUGUCUGCCAAGCGACGAGGAAAACGAGUUGAAGGCCUUUCACUACGCCUUAGUAAAGACCAUAAACCCGAUGACCCCACAGAGACACGUCGAAUAGAAGCAUCGGGGGGAUACGUCCACGGAGGUCGUGUGAUGGGGACAUUGUCUGUUUGCCGAUCCUUUGGAGAUUUUGUGUACAAACCCUCCAUUUCCGUUGUCCCCUUUGUCAGUGUUUAUCACUUUCGUACCUAUGAUGCAUGGAUAGUGAUAGCAUGCGAUGGUUGCUGGGACUCAAUCAGUGAUAUUGACGCAGCAAUGCUUCUGUCUACCUGUCUAUCAUCACAAGCAGGGGCGCUUAAGCUACGUGACGAAGCAUAUCGGCUAAACAGUCAGGAUAAUAUUUCUGUCAUUACAGUUAGGCUGUAUCUUGAAUAG